UGGACCAAGGCCUUGCGGUAUUUUGGACUACAGUGUUCCACUUUGGUCGUUGAAGUAUUUACGUUCUUCGGUUUAAUCUUCCAAGGAUUUUCGCCUAUACUUAUCAUCAGUUAGCAGUCCUCAGUGGACUUCCAACAGUCCAUUAGGAUUGAUAUACUAGUCCGUAGCUUUACUACUGGAAACUCCUUAUGUGUAUAACGAUGGUAGAAGAUAAACCUGAUAUAAAUCAACAAAGUGCCACUAAAGAUACGGAAGAUCAUGAUUUCCUAGCAAGUGUCAAGCUGGAUGUUGCCAGUCCUGAAAGGCCAUGUGAAGCAUCAUCUGAAUAUGUUACCGCAAUAUAUUCGUAUAUGCCUCAGCAUUCUGACGAAAUAAAGCUUCGGACUGGUCAGAAAAUUAAGGUAUGUGCUUUAAGGUUGUGAAGAUGGAUCCAGAGAAAAAGGUAGAAAAGUAGCUAUGGUGACGGACAGUCAACACUAAAAUAUUUUGCUCUAAAGGCAACAUUUAUUUCCGUUACCGAUAUUGUGGCAAUAUCUGUCAGUAACACAUUACUUUUAUUAGGAUCCUAGCAAUAAGCUAGUUGUUUUUCUUACAUUUUCACGUAACGAUUUUACCAGAAUUUAUCACUGAAUUACUUAUACAAACUACUCUCUCCCCGUCUAAUCUGGUAAAAAAAAUUUAUUAUUUAAGUUUAUAUUUUGACGCUGACAAAAUACAAGCUUUUGUGAAGCAAUCAUUCUACAAUUUUCGGGCUGUAUGCAUAUUAUGAUUUCAGUACAUCGAUAAUCUAUAUGAAAGUGUAAAGUAAUUGCAGUGUACGUUCUCUUCAGUUGCCUUGUAAGUUACUGGUUGUGUUUAAGGUAGACCUUAAUUAAUCACACUUACUAAAGACUUCUCCUCUUAAUACCCUAAUCAGUACUCUACCUAACGUGUAAGUACCGAUUAACGAACUUGAAGUAAAAAGGCUUGUGACAUAGUAAUGCGCCCUGAUGAGAAUUGUAUUUCUUACCACAGAUUAAGUGUCGAAUUUAAUAAAUAAGAAUAGUGUACAACUUAUCUGUUAACUGGCUGGGAUAGCAAGCUCGAAGAGUGCGCUUAUUGAUAGCACAACGAGGGAGCGAGCCACCUGCGAACAGUCACGUCAGAAAAACAAAGAUGGCGUGGAAUCAUAUUACACGAAUGCGUUAAAACAAAAGUCCAAACAAUAAAGGUGCACUACAACCUUAUAAGGUGCAACUAGAAGGUUAACAGUGUCAUACACAACUGAUAUUUCACCUCAUCCGAAUCGCUAUCAGUGUGUACCUAUAAGAAAACUAAAAGUAGUCGAUGAAUUAUGCUAUAUCUUUCUUAGUUUUUUGUAAACAUUCAUGUGGCAGCAGAGGUGACUGUCAGCUGGCAUCAAGUCGAAAUGUACUCUGGUCUCUCUAGAACUUGGCAAUUUUUACUUUCUCGAGUUUAUGGGAAGUAGUCAUCAAGUUGCCCAGCACCUAUGGGACACAUUGUUUUUAUCGUUCUAUUCUCCUUUUUUUGCAUUAGAAUGAUUUGUAGUUGGAUGGCAUGAAAUAUAUUCAUCUAUCAUAGUUUUCAGGACUUAUUCAUAUAUACGGUGUAAUAAUGACUUUAUGCUUCUGAGAGAGGUCUAGUCAUAUGAAGUAGCUGUUUCGUAGUUCAUAUUUAUGUCCACUUAUUGCAGAUGGGAAAUCUGUAUGGUGUAGAAUGUUUUGUAAUUAUUAGGAAAUGAAGCAGUAUUUUUCACAUUAAUGCAUAAGAACUGAAUAUUAGACGUGUUGACGUGCUGAAAGCAUCGUAGAUGUACUUUUCUUAUUUAAAUGUAGAUAUUACCCUUAUAUAGACAUGAUUACAGAGUUUCUCGAAGUUUUAUUUGAACUAGUAUGAACAUUUUAGUUAAAAAAGAAGCAAUAACAUUUACGUGUUUUUGAAUUUAUGACAUUUUUUUUGGUUACAGAUAUGUUUAUAAUUUUACUUUUUCGCUGAUUGAGAUUUCUUAUGGACUAUCCUAAUUUUCACAUUAUUAUUUUUGCUUAGCUUUUGUCCAAAGACUGUCGACAUUCGGGAGCUGAAGGAUGGUGGGUUGGCCAAGAACCAAACACUGGUUAUGUUGGUGUCUUUCCUAGUGGAUAUGUUUCCAAUACAGAUGUCGUAAAUGUUACUUUGCCAGACAUGGAUAAAAUCCAUACUAGUUCAUGUGAUCCCAUCAAGCGUAGUGAUGAAAUAGUAGUGGAUAAGAAUACAGAUUCAGCCAUGGAGAUGAGAGACAUAGAUGAAACAACCAUAAAUAAACAGUCAUCUGAUGGUAACAUUGUUCUCAGAAAGAGUCAUGUUAAAACGAUUCCUGCUUCUGAGUUGGUACAGCAACAGUUUAUCGGCUCUGGUGCAUUCGGAAAAGUUUAUCGGGGUCUGUGGCGUGGCCAGGACAUUGCGCUUAAAAUGUUUGAUCUUGCUACAAGUCAGGUGGACAAUGAAGCUUUACAUCUGUGUAGACUAUCACAUCGAAACAUUGUGAAAUUCUAUGGAAUCUGCAGGUUGGAUAACUCUAAUUUUCCUGCACUUGUAAUGGAGUAUGCCUAUGGUGGUUCUCUCAGUAUGGUUCUUAGCCAGCGGCCGUCACUUGGUCCUCUUAUUUUACUUGAUUGGGCCUUACAAAUAGCCAAUGGAAUGGCAUAUUUACACUCGGACGCCAGAAUUUGUCACAGAGAUUUGAAGUCUUCUAACAUUCUUAUCAGAGAACCUAUAAAGAGGCCGUUUUCAACAAAUGAACUUCAGGGAUGUACGCUGUUAAUAACUGAUUUCGGAAUGGCUUGUCGUUCUAGUCAAUUAGCACCUCAGCAAUCGAAAUUAGGGACAGUAGCAUAUGCAGCACCAGAAGUUUGCCGUCAAGAGGGUUUUUCUUUCAAAUCUGAUAUAUGGUCGUACGGUGUUGUCCUGUGGGAAUUACUUACGUUGGAUGUACCAUUCCGUGCAAUGGAACAGCCUAGAUUGUUGUUCAUUAUCGCUAUGUAUAAUUACACGUUGCACAUACCACAAGGUGUACCUGAUCUUUUCGUUCAGUUAUUUAAAGAUUGUUGGUCACCUACUCCUACAAGUAGACCUACAUUCGAAAACAUCAUCGCCAGACUUGAAUCGUGUAAGGAUUGCAGUUUUGUUGAUUUAGAGCCUAGUGAAUUAGCUCAAAUUCAACAAGGCUGGCGUGAACUCAUAGCAGCUCAUCACAAUGAAGAACAACAGUCUGUAGCUGAAGCAUUGUCAUCAUCAUUUAAAAGUGGAAGUUUAGAUUUUACAAGCGAGCUUUUAACACAGUUAGAGUUGUUACGCAACUAUCGUGAAUCUUUGGAUAGAGUGAAAGCAGAUCUAGUUGAAAGAGCUCAUCAACUCCAUAUGAAAGAAGAGUUGUAUAAUCGAAUGGCCGGCACUAUGGGUCAACAUUUCAUGCUUCUGGCUGUUCUGGCUGCCAACCAUUUAAAAGAUCCUACCCAUACAAACCAAGUCGUCCAGCCUAAACCACCUCCGCCUAGAAAACGCCCAUUUGUUCGUAGCCUUUUCAGACGAUGGGGAAGUAAUGGAAAUCCAUCUACAGAGGCUGAUUUCAUGCAUCAAGGCGCCUUUUACGCGAAUAGUCUUCACGGAAAGGACCGUAAACGCUCUGUCAAUUAUGCACAGCCUAAUCGAUCACAUUUUGAUGUAAAUACAAAUAAUGCCACAGAUUCAAAUUCCUCCGUUUUCGAUGAUACUCUACCAUCAUCUUCUCGUAGAGUCGGUUGCAGUCAAGGGGGAAUACCUUUAAUUUCACCACCCACAGAUAUGAAACAUGUAGUUCAUGUGGAUUCUGAUUGGUUUACGGGUCAAGGCUUGUGUGAAUCAACAAUGAGGUUGUUUCCCUCUGCAACAUUCACAAAUUCACCGAUCGGAUUAAAUAUUGAUAGAUGUCGUGAUGCUUCACUGAGUUCCUGUUAUGGUUCUCAGAUAAGGCCGUUUACGAACACAAAGUCGGAUAGCGAUGUAGCAGAGAAAUCUAAUAUGAAGUCGUUACGCCUGCAUUCUUGUGGGAAUACUGUUACAGAUCUUCAGUCAAACGAACAGCGUUAUGCUAAUGCUCAGACUAAUUGUCUUCAUUUUCAAAGGAAUUUCAAUAGGUUGCCGAGAAAGUCGAAUUUGGUUCGAAAGUUUGAAAAUAAAAACAAUUUGGACUUUCUGCAGAAGUCCAGCAAUCAUUCAGUUGGAUUUAGUAAUUUUUUCACACCGUUCACUUCCUAUCAAUAUGAAAUGAACAACUGUAAUGAGUGUUUUCACAAUCUUACAACUUCAAAUACCCUUGAUAACAGCGAUGAUUGUAUUAAUGUCCCAUUAAAUCCUGUCCAGCUUAAUGAUGAUGUUUCUGCUUAUGGUCCUUUAAAAACGCAUUUUACAGUGUCACCUGUACAGCAUGACUCCAGACGUAACCAGUUGCCUGAACAUAAUAAUUCCAAAGUUACACAACCAAAAUUUGAGAUGAAAAUUCCCAUGCAGGACAAUAGUAAUUCACCACUAAAUGAGAGACGUCGAUCUGCUUCCGGUCCUGUCGCCUCCUACGAUUUAAAUGCCAAAUGUAAUGAUUACUUGGUGAAUAGCAAUGACAGAAGUUCACUUAGUGGAAUGCCUAACGAUUUGCUGUAUAUGAUUUGUAAUCCAACCAUACCGUUAUUGAGAUCUGAUUUUACUGGACAGCCUUCUAGAAAGUUUCUGUCAACUGUGAAUCCACCUGCUAUUGCUGAUUUUCACCCAGAUUUGAACUAUUUUACAGAAGAUCCACAUCCUUCCAAAGGCAUAAGAAAUUCAGUGAUUGAAAAUGUGCUAAUGUCAGCUUUUCGUUUGGCAGCUUCAUUUUGUUUUUGUGGUGUUGAACCUGACAUCGAUGACGCCAAAGUUAACGCUUUAAUUCCUUACAAUCCCAAAACAAUUUCAUGCGUCCCUAAAUUCAGGAAUACUUUAAAUUCUAACACACAUUUUGAUUCACAGUCAAAUUUGAAUCAUUCCAAGUACAAAAGUACAACAAAGUAUACUGGUAACGCAUUAAUACUUUCUGGACAAAAUGCACCAAAUUUCCGACAUGUUUCCUCAGGUAAUUCAGUAUACCCUAUAGACAAACGCAAGUAUAAGUUCUCAAUUCAAGAUACUCGUCGUAUACAGAGCGCUGAUCGCUGCCGAAAUUCCAAACAUAGUACUUCUUCAGCAUGCCCUGUUUGUGUGAAUAUGGGUCUCGAUUCAAUUAAUCCUUGUGAAGCACUUCUGGAUCAUCAAGCUGAAUUUGGGGAUCCUCACUCGCCUUUUUUGGGUAUGUUAGCAGGAAGUGGAAGACGACCUAACGUAAAUCGAACAUUCAUGGAGGUUGAUAAUUCUGAUAAUUCUGUUUUUUCGGAGCAGCACAAGUUAAUUUCAAACGACAAGAAGGAGAAUUACUUCACUUACACACAUGAAGAUUUGCCUGAAGAUAAUAAUCAUACUACGUGUAAAACACAUUGUGAUGAUGGGAAACAACGGCCUGCUCACUUCAGUAGACAUAGUGGUGAAUAUAAAAAGAAUAGUGAUAAUAAUUAUAAUAACAAUAGUAAUUCAAAUCACCUUAUUUAUGGUAAUUCAUGCAAUGAAAAGGUACAUUGUUGUAAUCAAAAGGAAUUGUACGAGAAAAAUAAAUCCACAGGUAAAUUGAAUUGUGCAUUUCGUUGCUCACAUCUUUCUGUGUGUAUUGAUUGUUGUCAAAAUAUACAAAAUAAAAAUGUUGAACUAACCAGUAACAAUAGUCGAACAAUACUGCCGCAUAUAUUAACUUCUUCACAUUUAACACAUAAAUGGUCAUUAGAUCAUACUAAAACAUUAGAUAAUAAUAAUCUAUGUUCUCCAUCUAAUUCAUUCAUCUCUUCUCGAAAAUUUUCAUCAGAAUAUCAACCGAGUGUGAUGUCAGUAGAUAAAUGCCCAGUACCUGAGUCUUCUGGUGUUUGUAUAUCUUCACCUGACAGCCAGUAUUGUCAUUUUUCUGUGUCAAUGAAUCCUGUUGGUGUAUCACGUGAUGCUUAUUUAAAAGCAACCCAAGACGGCUUUCUAAACCGGACUGUUUAUGAACCAGCUGGGGAAUCUAAAUUUUGUUAUUCUUCUUAUUCUAGUCAAACAUCUCGAACAAAUUCUCUAAAACGUUCAGAUAAUGACUAUUCCUUUUCUAACUCUGCGUAUUCAAAUAUCCAUGAUCCAUUUCUCAAUGAUGAUCCAGAUUCUGAAUCUGAGUCAGAUCUCGAUCAGUAUGGCAAUACAUACCAAUUGGACUAUUCUAGUUUCAUACUGCGGUCUACAUCUUCGUCACCGGUAAACUCAAACCUACCGCAGAAUCCCUUAUCCCCUUCAUCAAAAUUACAGUCAAAUAUUUCUGAAAAUGAGGGUAAACUGUUUCAAAAUCUGAAUCCAGAAGUUCAUGGCGGUGCAGAUGAAGAGGAUCGCAUAACUCUUGUACCUAUAGAUAGUGAGGAAACAAAUAAUACAAUUCAAAAUUCUCUGAAUAUAAAUGGUUCUGACAGCAGAAAGAUUUUUGUCGGGACACGUGAAAGUGACUUAUUACCUAACAAAACUACCAAAAAAGUUCUUCAUCGCAGCCAAGCGAUCCGAGAACGUCAUAGACCUCCAUUCUUGACCCUUUUCCGAAACCGGUCUCUUCCGAAUUGUGCUGAUAAUGAAAGCCCAUCUUCAGAGUCCCGUUCAUUCCUAAUUUGUCCUUCAGAUGGUACUAUGCACGAAGAGUACCAAUGUCUUCGACAAAGUCAAGGUUCGGAGAGUCCUUGUGGACCCUUUGUUUCACUUCACUCUACAUUUCUGUAGCUUUCUAGUGAUCACUACAUUCUCCGCGUCUGUGAAAGAUAACUUUUCUGUGAUUUCUAUUUGUCAAACAUUGUGAACGCUUUUGUUUCGAGCAUUUAUUGUUACUACUUUCAGUUAAACCGUUCUCUUAAUUCAAGUUAUCUGGUGUGCUAUGUUCUUAAGCUUCCAUUUUCUUACACUAACAUAUAUAUAAAAAUAUGUAUACUGACAUUUACCUUUUUGUUUAGAUCUAUCAUUUUAGGGACUGAAAGGUUUGGUUUUAAGUUUUUUUUUUCUGUACAGUUGUUUGCUAUGUAUUACCGCACAUAUUCUUUCAUAAUAAUCUCUCUUACAUUUUUGUCACCGUUGAAUUCAUUUGCUACUGAGUCUUUCGUUGUUCCAUACUAGUUUUCUGUGCGCAUGUAUAUAUUUAAAUUUGUUCUGUUGCUAAAUUUUCUAAAAUAUUUCUUCCUUUUUGAUAAUGACCUGUGAAGCUGUUACAUAGUUGAUACUUUUGUUUCUGUAUACCAGGUUUGUCAUGCUUUUUGCAUCAUCAUAAAUCACCCCUUAUGUAAUAUUUAGGUUAUGGAAUUCACAUCUGUAAAUUUCGUCUAUUGUACUUAUACUGAUCUCAUUUAUGUCUCAUACCAUAUUAAUUAUGUAUACACGAGAUAAUGAAAUAUUUGUGAUGAAACUUUUGGCUAUAAACCAUAUCGGUUAAGUUACUGUUCAAAAUUUGCUGUGUAAAUUCCUCGUGUGUUUUUUUUUCUUGUUAGGUUCCUAACACAAUAAAGGCAAACAUCAUCAGUCUUGAAA